AUGGGGGUGUCGCACGCCCUGCUGUUCCUGGCCCGCGCUGCCCUUUUUGCAGUCCUGGAUGUCGCCGCUGGCCCCCACAGACUUUGUUAUAACCUCACGGUGGCAUCCCAAGAUGCGAGGUUUGUUGUUGAGGGACGCCUGGAUGGUCAGCUCUUCCUGCACUAUGACAGCGAAAGAGGCAGGGCAGAGCCCCAGGGGCCGUGGGCAGAAGCAGUCCUGGGAGCUGAGACCUGGGACACAGAGACCAAGGACUUGACAGAGAUCGGAAAGGAACUCCGAGUGACCCUGGCACAAAUCAUAGCUCUGCAGGGCCAGAAAGGAGUCUCACAUUCCCUCCAGGAGGAACGAGGCUGUGAGAUCCCAGGAGGCAGCAGCGCCAUGGGCUUCAGGCAUUUCUACUAUGAUGGGGAGCCCUUCCUCUCCUACAACCCGAAGACACGGACAUGGAAAGUGGCUCAGUCCUCAGCUCAGACCUUGGCUGUGGAAGUCAAGAAGUCCUGGGACACAGAUGGCAUUCAGAGCAAGGAUUACUGGGCCCGUGUGCAUGGAGAACUUUGUAGACGACUCCAGAGAUAUCUGGACUCCUGGAUGGACCUCAAGGAGAGAGCAGUGUCUCCAGCAGUGAAUGUGACCCCCAGCAAGGCCUUGAAGGGCCGCGUUACCCUGCCUGAUGUGAAUGGGACCUACCAGUCCUGGGUGACCACCAAGAUUCCCCAAGAAGAGAAACAGAGGUUCACUGGCCACAUGGGACACAAUGGGAGUCACAGCACUCCUCCUGUGCCCUCUGCGUCUCCCUUAGAGGGAAUGGCAGUUCUGGCUUCUGUGGGCUGGGACAGCUGCAUCGUACGUCCCUGGGGCAUUGGCGUGAAAAAGCAACAGCAGGUGCAGCCAAGAGCCCACAGAGGCGCCGCGCUGCUGGGACUCCAGCCUCUGGGGUCAGCUCCUGGGUCCCCCGGUUCACCUGAGGAAGCAUCAGCUGUGUCCAGGCGGCCUGGAUUCAGCUCCCUGCCGGGUCUAACCAGCAUUUUCUCUCUUGGUGCCUUAGUUUCCUCAUCUAUAAAAUGGAGAAGAUAAUAGCAUUUAUCUGUCAUUGUGGUUGGAGGAUGAGAGUGUUAAUUUAAUAUUUAUGAGAUGUUUGCAGCUGUCCCGUAUUAAUUAUUAUCACUGUUUUUGUUUUAUCUUGUAAUAUAUUCCAUGUGUAGUGACUGUAUAUGGUAAAUGAGCCUGAUCUGUGUCAUUACUGUGGCCCCUCCUGAGGAGCCUAAUAUUGGCCUACUUCGCACCUUGAGUUCCCUUACCCCUGUCAGACUCCCACACAUGACUUCCUGUCUACCGGGCCUGCACAGUUUUAUACUAUAAAUGUUGAAGUGUUCUUUAAAAU